AUGGCCGCAGCUACGCCGCUCAACCAUUCCACUUUGGGGCGACUUCUGAGCUUUCUUGCAACUACUGCGGGUCGUGACAAGUCCCUACGUACCCUGCAAUACUUUUCGCGCUUCUACGGCUGGUAUCUUCGGCGUGCCAAUUACCCACAAUCCGCCGUUGACCCCAUCAACGUAAUAAAGAAGCAGUUCGAAAUAACACGCAAGAUUUUGCGAAUCGGCAAUUUCAUCGAAAAGUUCAACGCCGCUUCUAGUACUUUGAACAAAAAGGGGCCUAUCGAUCCCGUGCUCCGCUACCUAACCACAGGCCACCACCUAGGCUAUGGCGUUUACCUUGCCCUCGACACGUUAGUUCUCAUUGAUAGCAUUGGUGUUCGAAAGCCGGCCAUCACCAAGAGCUUACAAAGGUCUGGCUACCGUGCUUGGAUGGCAGGGUUGAUUUGCAGUGCUAUGGCUGGUAUCUAUUCGCUAUGUAGACUCUAUCAAAAAGAGCAGAAAGCCGACCGCAAAGUAGGCGAGGGAGCCAUAGAAGCGAAAAGAAUCCACAGGGAACGAUCUACCACUUCUGCUCAACUAAUCUCGAGCCUCUGGUACACUAAGCAGCUUGAUUGGUGUGUGGUUUCAGUGGCGAAAGACCGUAGCUCCAGAGCCUCGGAGAAGAUGAAUCUCAUUGUUACUACUGAAAUCGACGACAGUGUAUAG